AUGCUACUUUUAAGGACGCUUUAUCCAUAUUCUGUACUGCUACUGGUGCUGCUAUUUCAUGUAGCUGUAGCAGUUGUUGCUGCUGCUGCUAGUGCCGGAGAGCUUGAUGUUGCGGUCGAAGCUCCCUGGGCAAAAACUGAUUUUAUCCCCAACUUCAUUGAGAGCGUGGCAGGGUUCGAUGAAAAUCUAUAUAUACCUACCAUUGAGGCGAUAUUUGGUGGCUCGGGAGAUGAAGACGACGACAACGAAUUGGAGACUUUCACAGAUCAAGAGAUUUACAGGCACGCUAUAGAUCGACUACAGCUCAACAAGUCAUCGGUGGACUUUAUCAAUUUCAACUUGGCGACCAAGAAAUUCGUACCGCGAGCGAUUGCCCAUUAUAACCAUUAUGACAAACUUCUAGCAGAGCAGGGGGAUAAGUUGAAAUUGAAAUGCUCCCACGAUCUGUUUGGGAACUUGGUGGAAACCAAGAAUGGAGCAAUCGCAAGCUGGGCCUCAUGCAAUAACAAAAUAUACUGUUCCGCAAAUGACUUAUUUGCAAUCCAAACUGACAAGUGCGAUACAGAUGUUCUUUUGUUUGAUAGAAUAGUUGGCAACAACACUGCAUCGAGCUUGUUGACUUUUUAUGGAGACCCCGCGACUGAGUCUGCUAGAAAUUUUCUCAAAAUUUUGAACCACGAGGCAAGGGCGGGUAAACUACGCUUCAUUUGGAGAUACAUUCCAUCAACACUGGGAACACGCAAAAAGGACACUUUAAGUGGAUACUCUGCAGAGUUGACCUUGCUUGAAGCUGAUGCUAUUGAAAGUUUUCAAACAGCCAAUAGUGAUUGGCAUUUGCCGCAAGACUUUGUCGAGAUUAGCCAUUCUAAUCAGAUUAUACGAGCCAAUCGCGACAGCAGCAUCAAUGACGUUGGUGCAAAGAUUGUAUCGUUUGUGCUUUCAAAUACAAAACUCGCAAAAUUCCCCAAGUUUAAUGUGCUAAAGACGAUUUUGAACGAUUUACCAAAGUUCUUACACUACCUACAACUACUUCCCAACGACUAUGCGUUUCAAAAAGUCAAGUCGCGAGCGCGUGAUAACGAAAAGGCGGGUUUGCUGCUGGAUUCACUUGGAAUUUAUAUCAACGGCUCGCCCAUUCACCAAUUGGAACUAGACAUUUUCAAACUCGGUGAUAAGAUCCAGGAGGAGUUAAAGUUUGUUGAUGAGAUCACCAGGCUUGGUUUCACCACAGCACAGGCUAAAUUACUCAUUUCGAAAUUUGCUUUGCUCUCGGCGGUGAAACAGGCCCAGUUUGAAAGUGGAAACACCUUGAUGGGCAACAACGAGAAUAGGUUCAAAGUUUAUGAAUUCAACUCCAACUCCAACUCCAAUUUCCAAUCUAACUCAGUUAAAAGCGGCGGGGUUGUGUUUUUCAAUGAUGUCGAAAAAGAUCGAAACUACGAUAUGUUUCUGAGUAACCGCCAUGAGGUUUAUCUUGGUCCCGAAUCCGCCAAAUUGAAACCUAACCAGUUGCCGCCAUUGAAGGAGAAUAUCCAUGACUUGAUUUUUGCCAUUAAUCUAGGCAGCAAGGAACAACUAAAAGUGUUUUUUGCAUUCUCAAAGCUCAUCUUGGACACGGGGAUUCCGCAGCAGAUUGGAUUGCUCCCAUUAGUUGGCGACGACCCUUUGGACAUUGAGCUCGCGAGGGCCUUCUACCAUAUAUUGAAAAACCUGAAUCCGAUCGAAGCCAUGGCUUUGUUGUACAAGUACUUGGAAACAAAAGAUGAAAAGGAGGUGGUUGCGUUGAUUGCCAAAGCUGAAGUAGCCGAUUCAUUUCAAAUCGAUUUGGAAACCGUCCCAAAUCAAUUUUCAAUUUCGGUUCCGUCUAUAAUAGUCAAUGGUGUUAUUCACGAUUUAGCAUCAAGCAACUGGCAAAUCUCAAUGAGCAAACAGAUUGCUCAAGAUGUAAAUCUUGUGAAAUCGUUUCUUAAGCAGGGCCCCGUAGAGGCGAAAUUGAAAGAUUUAAUUUAUCAAAACGCAAAGAAAAAGAGGAAUCUUCAAGUCCACCCUUUGAACCCUCGAGACAACUUGUAUAAACGGGUGGAUGAGGAUCUUUACAAAGUGUCGAUUGCGUUUAAAAAGAUUGAUGAGCCCGAGAGAGUGCUGCUGGGCACUUUUUGGCUCGUAUCCGACUUUAAGAAGGAGGUUCACCUCACCCAACUCGCCACCUUGUUGAGGAUGAUGAGAAAGGAACCAGUACAGGUUCGCGUUAUCAACUUGGGUGACCCCACGAGAUUUGACGAGAUUGUCCAGAGCUUUAAAAUCAACUCAUUGACAAACUCUGAGAUUGAAAAAAUCAUUGCAAAACUUGGCAUACCAACAACAUCCAGCUAUGGGAGAAAUGAGGAGACUGCAAAGUUGUUGGAAUCAAAAAUGCUCCCAUCUCGGCAUUCAUAUUUGUUGCUCAACUCAAGGUACAUAAGGUUGGAUGACAACAUGAUUAAUUCAAACGACUUGAAAGAUCUUUUGGACUUGGAAACGUCGCAACGUCUUCGAUUAAUUGAAGACAUCUUAGUGUCUUAUCCUGACAAAUUUUUGAAUAAAAUUGGCGAUUUCAAAAACAAGGUUCCGUGGUUGAACAGCAUGGAUUGGUUUGACUUGUUAUCAAGCGUGGUUACAAAAUCGUUUCAGACGGACGAUAAGAGCUUUGUGGUUGACGUCAACAGGUUUGACUUUGACUCUUUGGAUUUGAGCAACCUGGUGGAAGUUACUCGUCACGAUGACUCCAAGCCAGUAGACCUUUUGCUCCUCAUUGAUCCCUUGAAAGAAUACUCCCAAAAGCUAGUGAAUAUGCUUGACUCCGUCAAGGACUUUUCAUUCUUGAAUAUCAGAAUAUUGAUGCAGCCGAAAUUAAACAACAACAACAACAAAGAAGAGGUUCCUGUAAGAUUUUACAGAGGCGUCUACCCCAGGUCAGUCCCCGAAUUUGAUGCAAAAGGACGAUGGGCACAACAGCACAACGCCGCGUUUGAGCUGCUCGCGCCGGAAGAGUACAAGCUCGAGGUCGAUGUACCAAGGCGAUGGAACAUCGUGUCCAAACUGUGCUCCCCCACUGUGGACCUAGGCCAUUUUAAAGCAAAUGCAGACAAAAACAUUUCCGUCAAGUACCUUUUAUCCAAUUUGAUCAUCGAGGGAGAUGCCAGACUUGUGCUGGCGGCAGGAAGGAAACCUGAUCGAAUAGUGUUGGCUAUUCUGAGUGAUUGGCAUAGUAAAGACACUAGUGUCAUGUCUGCAAUGAGAUAUUUCCAAUUACCAGCUGUUGCUGGUGUAAACACCCUCAAAGCAGAUUCCAAGCAUGGCUUACUCUCUGUUCUGCACAAAUUUGAAUCCAACCUUGCAGCAAAAGACAAAAUGGAUGUGCCGAUUUUCAGCUUGGAUGGAGCUAAAUUGCUCACGCGUCUUGCUUGCCAGGAACAGGAGAAGGAAAUAACCGAGGUGAAAGCACCCGGCGCGGAUAUCAACAUAUUCACCAUCUUGACAUUGCAAGAUCACUCGAGUGCAAAACUAGCAGCAGGUAUGAUAGCAUCUGUGAGGAAACAUAAUCUGCAAAAGCUGAUUAAAUUCUGGAUACUCGCCACAUUCGUGUCACCGGAAUUCAAAUCGCUAAUCCCAUUGCUUGAAGAAAAAUAUACAGUUGAGAUUGAAUUGAUCUCCUACAAAUGGCCCAAUUUUUUGAGGAGCCAAAGGGAUACGGCGAGAGUGUGCCUGGGGUACAAGAUCUUGUUUCUCGAUGUGCUUCUCCCACAAACACUUGACAGAGUUAUCUUUAUGGACGCUGGUCUGAUUUGUCGAUCCGACUUGACAGACUUGGUCAAUUAUGACUUGAAGGGCGCACCUUACGCCUUUGCUUCCAUGUGUGAGACCAAACAUGACUCGGAAAAAUUCUGGAAGCAGGGAUUCUGGCUCGAAGCGUUAAAGGGCGAUUUAAAAUAUCACCAUAGUGGCAUGUUUGUUGUUGACUUGCAAAAAUUCAGAGACCAGCGCGUAGGUGACGCUCUCCGCUACCACUACCAGAAGCUAUCUAGCGAUCCUCAAUCCUUAGUCAUUCUCGACCAAGAUCUCGUCAACACCAUGCAGAGACAAGUUGCAAUAGAGACAUUACCGCAAACUUGGUUGUGGGACCGUAACUGGUGUUCCGAUAAAAACUUGGAAGAGGCUCGAAUAGUUAUGUUGAAUGACGGAGUUGACAACAAGGUUGUUGAGGCCAGAAAGGUGUUGCCAGAAUGGCCCGACUAUGAAGAGCAAAUUGAUUCUCUACUUUCACGAGCUAAAACGCAAGAAAAACCGGAACAGGAACAGGAGAAGGACGACGACUAUGACGACGACGAAGGACUUGAAGAACUUGAGAAUCAGGCCGAUUUCAACAGCGAUGAUGACAAUGAUAAAGACUAUCACGACGAGCUCUAG